AUGCCGUCUAAUGCCCACAAUGUGGGCAUCAAAGCCAUGGAAAUCUAUUUCCCUAGUCGGUACGUGCCACAAAACGAGCUCGAGACCUAUCUGGGGGCUAGCACUGGGAAAUUCACAAUUGGCCUGGGUCAGCAGAAGAUGAGCUUCUGCGAUGACCGCGAAGAUCUCUAUUCCAUAGCGCUGACGGCGGUCUCAUCCCUGCUGGCAAAGUAUCAUAUUGACCCAGAGACUAUUGGCCGCUUGGAAGUGGGAACGGAAACAUUGCUCGACAAAUCCAAGUCCUGCAAGUCGGUUCUCAUGCAACUGUUCGGAGAGAACUCGGACAUCGAGGGUGUCGACACCUAUAACGCCUGUUAUGGUGGAACUAAUGCCUUGUUAAAUGCAAUUAACUGGGUCGAAUCGUCCACGUGGGACGGUCGCGACGCCAUUGUCGUGGCCGGCGACAUUGCUCUGUACGACAAGCCCGCUGCCCGUCCGACUGGUGGCGCUGGCUGUGUGGCCAUGCUGAUUGGCGCCGAUGCGCCCUUGGUGAUGGAGCCGUUUCGUGGAACUCACAUGAAGCACGUCUACGACUUCUAUAAGGGGGACUUCAAAUCAGAGUACCCCUUGGUCGAUGGACAUUACUCUAACACAUGCUAUCUCGAGGCAUUAGACAAAUGCUACGAACGGUAUCGUACUAAAUCUCUGGCUAAAGGUGGCGCGUUGAUGAACGGAGCUACAAAGGCCCAGGGUAGUUUCAUGGAUACCUUUGAGUAUUGCAUCUUUCAUGCGCCUAACUGCAAGCUCGUCUCCAAGGCUUACGGUCGUCUGUUGUUCAACGAUCUCCGGACGGAGCCCGACCACUUUGAUGACAUUCCAGCGGUGGUCCGUGAGGUCGAGCAGACUGCGUCUCUGACCGACAAAGCAGUUGAGAAGACAUGCAUUAGGUUGACGAAGGAAAAGUUCUCCGAGCGUGUCCAACCAUCCAUUACAGCACCCACACAAUGUGGAAACAUGUACACUGCCAGUGUCUACUCUGGGCUGGUGAGCUUACUGAGCAAUGUUCCUAGUGAGGAACUGCAGAAUAAGCGCAUCGGCAUUUUCAGCUAUGGUGGUGGUCUGGCUAGCACUCUGUUUAGCUUCCGUGUCAAGGGUGAUACUUCUGGGAUCGCGAUGCAGGUGGGGUUGAAUGAGCGCUUGGAAGCUCGCACGGCCGUCUCGCCAGAGUUUUAUAACGAGAUGUGCAAACUCCGGGAGAAAGCCUAUCAACAGAAGAGCUAUACCCCUGCAGGAAGCGUCGAUAGUUUGGCUCCAAGUACUUACUAUCUUGUUCACGUUGACGAGAUGUUUCGACGAAGUUAUGAGAAAAAGCCAGUUGGCUGA